AGCAAAACAAUCAGAAAGCAUGAAACAUCAACAACGUUUAUAAAAUCAAAUUUUGAAAAUACCAGAGCUACAUUAUUGAACAAUUUUGAAACUGCUUCUGGCGAUCUAUAGUGGGUCAAGCCAAUAAAUCUUUUAGAGUCUGAGUUUUAUUACUGCCAUGUUGCUUUUGUGUGUUUUGAACUGUUGCCUGAUGUGGGGAAGCUUCUUCCCAGUCGGCUUUUAUCCAUUGUCAACAGAUAAAAGCAUAUUUUAAAGCAUAUUUUGGAAAAAUAAUGCUACUUCUACAGAGACAAAUAAAUAGAUCCGCACUAUGCUGUCACUACCUUCUGCAAACUGCAAAGUAUUCGACAGUGCCAAAAGUUGCGGCGGGAAGCUUCACAAGUAAUAAACUGAUCAACUCAUCACGGAAUGACGAUUUCAAUAAUGUUCAAAGAACACUAGUAUAUAUAGGGCCUUUGUCUGAGACGCUAAAAAGAUAUAAACUGACAGCUUCUUUUUUUGGCAUCUGUGGCUGUAUUGCUGUGCCUGCAUUAUUAUUUUCAGGGCAUGCACCACCACUCAGUAUAGCACUUGCCGGUGUGUCAGCUGUUGCUCCUUCCUUGUUUGUCCAUUUCUAUACGAAAGGCUACGUGACAAAAUUGAUCGUUUAUGAUGAUAUCAAAAAUGUCGAAAAGGAAAGGAAACAACCAAAAACGAUAAAAGACAAAUUCAUCAGUUUGGAGACGAUAUCCUUUCUUGGCAGGUCAAAGCAGGAGACCAUGUGGUUAUCACAGCUUGCAUAUGUAUCUAGUGUAAAAGCGCUUAUUUGGAAACAGAAAGUUGGGGCAAGACACACCUUCACAUUAGAGAGACCGGUCAUGGAAGCAGAUGCUUACCUAAGAGCUCUAGUGAAACGAGUGCAAAGUCGAGAGGUAGCCUGAAAACCUGUACAUGUACAGAUCCUAACCUUAUUUCACAGUUCAUUUUAAUUUUAAAAUUCAUGGUGGUGCAAACCAAUGACUCUUAAUAAAAUGAUUUGGAUGCCACUAUUGC